GUUGGAGCCAUCCAGUCAGAUCCAUCGUCCCCCGUUUGCUGAACCGUGAGCCACAGUGAGAGCCACAAAGCUGCAACUGCACUGGGGAGACGGACAGCUGCCGCGAUGCUGGGACUCCUCCCCUGCCUGCUCCUCCUGUCCCUGCCGGGCUCCAGCUCUGGCUCCGAUGACGACAGCACCGUGGUGCUCACCACCAGCGGCCCCAUCCGGGGCAAGCGCCUCCUGGCCAGCUCCGGCACAGUGACGGCCUUCCUGGGCAUCCCCUAUGCCGAGCCCCCCGUGGGGGUCUUGCGCUUCCAGAAACCACUUCCCCACCAGCCCUGGAGCCACGUCCUGGAGGCCACCGGCUUCAGCAAUGCCUGCCACCAGCCUUUGCUUACUGGUCACCCUGAGGCUAAUGUCUGGACACCGAAAAGACCGCAGUCCGAGGACUGCCUCUUCCUCAACGUCUGGGUGCCCCAUCCCCAGCCAAACGGGACGGCCCCCGUCCUCAUCUGGAUCCAUGGAGGGGGGUUCUUCACAGGGGCAGCCUCCCUCGACAUGUAUGACGGGCGCUUCUUAGCCGCCACUGAGAACGUGAUCGUGGCCUCCAUGAACUACCGGCUGGGGGCGCUGGGCUUCCUGUCUCUGCCCCCGGCCGCCCCAGGGAAUGCCGGCCUGUGGGACCAGCGCUUGGCGCUGCGCUGGCUGCGGGACAACGCGGCUGCCUUCGGUGGAGACCCGGCUCGUUUCCUGCUCUUCGGCCAGAGCGCCGGUGGUUCCUCAGUCAGCUUCCACCUCCUCUCUGCGGGGAGCCGGGCCCUCUUCACCCGCGCCGCGCUGCAGAGCGGAGCCGCCACCGCACCGUGGGCUUGGAUUUCCCUCGAGGAAGCCAAGGAGAGAGGCCGGAGGCUGGGCCAGCUGCUGGGCUGCACUGAUAGCGAUGACACGGCCCUGGUGGGCUGCCUGCAGGGGAAGGAACCCAGGGAGUUCCCCAAACACGAGUUCUCCGUCUUGCGCCACAAGGACCUGCUGGGGCUGCCCUUUCUGCCGACACCAGAUGGGGAUUUUCUCCCUGACACACCACCAAGGCUGCUGAGGGCCGGGCACAGCCAGCCUAUGCCAAUCCUGGCUGGGUUCACCUCCAACGAAGGUGCCUACAUGUUAAAAUUCAAUCCUCUUGACUUCAGCCUGGAGAACACCAGCCACAUCGGCUGGGAAGAGCUGCUGCAGGUGGUGAGGCUGGGAAUGCCAGGGGCCCCAGAAGAGGCCGUGCAGAUCGUGGCACGGCGGUACAGCCAGGAGAGGCAGGAUGAGGCACGGUAUUUAUGGGCCAUGGACCAAACCACCGGUGACCGCCUCUUUGUGUGCCCGGUAGCCGAGGUAGCUGGGCGAGAGGCGGAGGCCGGCAGUCCUGUGUACACCUACUACUUCACUCACCGCAUUCCUGGCUUGUCUUUACCUGAGUGGAUGGGGGUGCCACAUGGCUCUGAGGUGCCCUACCUCUUCGGGACCCUAGCAUUCAUAUGGGGUGCCAACUACACUCUCACGGAGGCCGAGACCGGGCUGAGAUGCAGGGUGAUGCGGUACUGGGCAGAGUUUGCCAGGAGCGGGAACCCCACAGGGUCAGAGGGCAGCAAGGAGCAGUGGCCCCUCUACAACUCCAAGGAGCAGAACUUCGUCCGCAUCAACACAGAGCUGCCCCAGGCCAAGGGGACAUCUCCCACCCAGCACUGCGGCUUCUUGGCAUCGCUGCUCAAAGAGACGCCGAGCCCCACAGCUGAGACCCACAGAACUGCUGACCCCUCAAGGAAGAAGGAACAUGAGGAAGAGAAGGAGAACUGAGCCCCAUAGAGGAAGCCAGGACCUGCAGCAUCAAAUCCCAGACGCCUACCACCAGCUGAGCAAAGGGAGUAAUUCCCCCAGCUGGGAGUCAGUAGACGGCUGCUGUAGUAAUUAAUCUGGCCACUAGAUGGGGAUAUCAUCCUAUUCACUUAGCAUUGACGACCUUUCCAGGCAUGUUUCCUAGCAGUAUGUCAUUCAGCCAUUAGAUGUCGCUGUGUGCAGCAUAUCGCUCCAGCCAAUGUGGUGUCCCUGGUAAACAAGGAAGACCACUCUAGACCGAGAGCUGUGUAGAAGCCUGUUUGGGUCAGUAGCUGCUUUCUUUAAUAAACGCCUUCUGUUGUUA